AAAUUUCUGUGAUAUUUUGUAAAAACAGACAUUUCAAAAUGCAUCAAAAACUAUAAAAAAAUUACUAUUUAAAAUAAUGUGUCAGAAAUUAAGGCAGCUCAAACACUUUAGUCUUUGACUAGGAUAAGCCCUCUCCAGGGAAAUGCCCCAUUUAGUGUACGUUUUUCAAUUUUUGUUUUUGUGACAUCAUUAACAUGUAAGGAAUUAUUGACGACAGGCCAUUGAAUUAUAAUAAAAUAAUCCACACCCAAGAUGCAAAGCGACACAACUCGAAGCGAAGUGCCGUUACACCGCGGGUGUGCAUUAUUUUCAAAUAAUUCAAAGGACCGGAGUCAAUUAUUCCUCGUAUACCACGGUUACCACAAACAUUGUUCUGGUGCCUAUUUUUAAGACAUUUGACAAGUUAGGUGUGUGGUUAUCAGAAAUUAAUGCAUACCCACGAAACUUUUCUCAGCCAAUCAGAAUACAGCAUUCAACACACCCGUGGUUUAAGGGUAUAUAUUUAAUAUUUAGUUUACACUAGUCUACUGACUUUAGGAGAACUUGGGGAAUUAGCUGUUUUCUUGCUUUUUGUAAAUUCUUACUCUUUAGCAUAAACCGGAAAGCUAUGCCACAGGAUGUCAUUUUUUAGGUCAUGUUUUAAAGGUCUGAGAAUAACCACCAAAUAACCACAACAUAUUUUUCUGUUUGUUCUGGGCACUGAGUCUGAGAGGUGAGUGCAUCUGGAUAAGUGAAUAUUCCGCAGUGUUUGCAGGAUUUGAAAUAUGUAUAAAUAUAAAGCAAAUGUUGUAAUUGUUUGGCAAAUUAAGUCUGAAUUUAUCCUUGAAGGGAUUGGAAAUUCUGUCAUCAUUUGAAUGGGGCGCAUGGUCGUUUAGGUUACAAACAUUUUCAUUUUUGGGUGAACUAUUACUUUAAGUCUAAGUUGAAAAGUGUUAAGUCUACAUUUCAUCACUGUAAGUAAUCAUCUAUGUUGCACUUAAAUUUGUAAGUUGAAUCAACUUAAAUUAAGUAAUUUCAACAUUCAUUUUUUUUCAUAAGUUGGUGUAACUUAAAAAAUAAAGGUAAAUAGCUUAAGUUAUUUCAACUUUAUUUUUUAUAAUAGAUAACAACUCAUCACUAGUCAAGAAAGUUGAAAUUAACUGUAAUUUUAAAUUGGUUAAACUUAAAACAUUUAAGUGCAACAGGGAAUUUUUUACAGCGUAAACUUAAAAAUGAUAAGUUGCCAAGAACUAAAAUCUACAAUCAUUGCACAAAUAAUUUAUAAAAUAUCUUUAAAAAAAUACUGCUCAGAAUGUAUAGUUUCUAUACAGUAAUUCCUAAAAGCAGUAGUGCAACAGAUUUUUCAGUUAUUAUGUGUGUGUGGCAUAUACAGGUAAGAUGGACUGCAGUCAGCUGAAUAAGCUGACAAAAAAUGAGAGGAGUCAGAUUAUUAGGCGUCUGCAGACUGGGGCUGAAAUGAUGGUGUACCACCAGAAGGCUGAAAGACUCACUGUAAAAAUCAUAAUUGAAACGAAGCAAGUGGCUGUAUUCUGCUCUCCUCACAAAAUAAUGAACAUCGCCGAGAUCAAAGAGAUCCGCCAAUGGGAGACAUCGGAGGAUUUCACUCAAUAUAUAGAAAAGAGAAAAUUUCGAAAAAUGUUUAACCAAUCAGAUCCACGGGACUACAAAACCUGUUUCACCAUCUUCUAUGGCACAGAGUUUAUCUUAAAUUCACUGAGUUUUAACGCUGAUUCAUUGGAGGAUGCAGAAAACUGGCUGAUAGGACUCGAGUUACUCAGACAGGAGACAUUGGCAGCUAACACACCAGAGAUUAUAGAGAGUUGGCUGCGGAAGCAGAUGUACUCUGUUGACCAGACAAAGAACAGUAUCUCUAUGAGAGAGCUCAAGUCGCUUUUGCCUAAGAUGAACUUUAAAGCACCAGGUGGACGUUUUCUGAAGGACACAUUUUCGGUGCUGGGAGCAAAGAAUGAUGUUUUGGAUUUUGAGCAGUUUCACAAAAUCUACAAUUUGUUGAUAUUUGAGAACCAAAGGAUGAUACUAGAAGAGUUUAAACAGGGUUUAAAUGCUUUCAUCAUGGGUAACAUGGAUCAGCCUAUUCAACUCUGCAAUUUUCAAAGAUUUCUUUUAUGUCAACAAAAAGAGACUUGGGCCAACAAUUUGAAUCAGGUGCGAGACUUGAUGACCAUCUUUAUAGACGAUAUCACUAGGAAGACCAAUGAUCCAUCAUUUACUGUUGAAGAGUUCCUUGGCUUUCUCUUCUCUAAAGAAAACUCUAUUUGGGAUGAGAAGUACUCAGAGAUAAAUCCACUGGAUAUGAACAACCCUCUGUCUCACUACUGGAUCAACUCAUCACACAACACAUAUUUGACUGGAGAUCAACUGCGCAGUGAGUCAUCAACAGAAGCCUAUGUACGCUGUCUGAGACUGGGUUGCCGCUGCAUUGAGUUGGACUGCUGGAGUGGUCCAGACGAACCUGUCAUAUACCAUGGUCGGACCAUGACCUCAAAGAUAAAGUUUAAAGAUGUGGUGAAGGCCAUCAACGAUCAUGCUUUUGCAACAUCAGAGUAUCCUGUGGUCCUGUCCAUAGAGGAACACUGCAAUGUCAAGCAGCAGAAAAUGAUGGCCCAGUGGUUCAAGGAUGUUUUCCAAGACAAACUCUUGACUGAGCCAUUGGAACCAGAAGCCAAACAGCUUCCCUCACCAACCCAACUAAAGGGCAAGAUCAUCAUCAAGCACAAAAGACUGAAUAAUAAUGAGGAAAAGGAUCUAAGUAAAGGAGAUAAGCAGGGAGAACUUUUCAUCUGGGACCCAAUAGACGAGAGAUGGUAUAAGCACUACUGUGUGAUCGAGAAUAAGAUGUUAUAUUACGCAGAGGAGAAUGAACUAGAGGAGGACACAGGAAAGUCAUUACAGAGCAGCACUGAACUUCAUCAGUCAGAGCCCUGGUUUCACGGCAGGAUGUCUGAGGGCAGACAGACAGCUGAGAGGUUGCUGCAGAAAUAUUGUGCUGAAACGGGGGGAGUGGACGGAACGUUUCUGGUGCGAGAGAGCGACACGUUUGUCAAUAAUUGCGUGCUCUCAUUCUGGCACAGCGGACAAAUUAAGCAUUUCCUAAUUCGCUCCUGUGUAGACGGAGGUCAACCGGUUUAUUUCCUGACUGACAACCUUCACUUCCCUAGUGUGUAUGCGCUCAUCCAGUAUUACAGAGAAAACCUUCUCCGCUGUCAGGAUUUCAAUCUGCAUCUCACUGAAUUUGUGCCACAACCAGACCAGCACCUGCAGGAAGGAUGGUUUUACAGUAACUUGAGUCGAGGUAAGGCAGAAGACUAUCUGAUAAGAAUCCCUCGCGAUGGAGCCUUUCUCAUCAGACAGAGAGAAGAUUCAGAUUCAUACGCCAUCACCUUCAGAGGUGAAGGGAUGGUUAAGCACUGUCGGAUACACAGAGAGGACUCUAUGUACGUGCUGGGCACCUCCAGCGAGUUCGAGAGCCUGGUGGAACUGGUGGAGUAUUUUCAUAAGAAGCGACUUUAUCGGAAGAUCAAGUUGCGUUAUCCUGUGACACCUGAACUAGUGGACCGCUUUAGUUCGAUGCAAGUAUCUGGUUCACUUUAUUAUUCUAAACCCUACGUGGAGGCCAAUGAGAUAGAGCCAUCGCUGAUAGAUGAGGAGAAUCCCUUAAGGGACUUAUGUAAAGGGGUCGUGGACAUCUCAAAUUGUACUGUAGUUUCCUCAGCCAAACAUGGCAAACCUUUUGUUGUGACACUGGAAAAUAAAGAUAAGAUGCCAUUUGAUUUCGCCACUGAGACCCCUGAGGAGCUGUUCGAAUGGUAUCAAGUGGCCUGUGGCAUCACCAAGAGAGAACAAAACCAAGCAGUUCAGAAACAGCCAAAGAAUAAGGGCAAGACCAAAGAAGAGGUGGACAGCGAGAUGUCUAAAUUGGUCGUGUAUUGCCAGCCUUGCAGCAAAGAUAAAGAAUGCUUUGACAAUUAUACCUACAAAGAGGUGCGAUCCUUUGCUGAGAAUAAGACACCUGACAGAAGCAAGUCAAAUCAAUUCUUGUCAUAUAACCGCAAGGCCUUGAGUCGCAUCUACCCUAAGGCCCAACGAGUGGAUUCCUCCAACUAUGACCCAUAUCCUCUAUGGAUGUGUGGCUGCCACAUGGUGGCACUUAACUUUCAAACUGCUGAUAAGUACACUCAGCUGAACAGCGCUCUCUUUAGUCUGAAUGGAGGUACCGGAUAUGUGCUCCAGCCUGAGCUGAUGCGUGCAGAUCAUUUUGACCCUUAUCAAGAGAAGAAGAAUGUUAAAUUCACCAUCACUAUUAGGGUGAUAGGAGCACGGCAUCUACCCAAACCUGGUCGCAGCAUCGUCAGCCCUUUUGUAGAGAUCAAACUGUGCGGCCAAAGAGAUGAGAGCACAUUCAAGACUUUUGUUUGCCGUGAUAAUGGGCUAAACCCUGUAUGGGUCGGGCCGAACCAUCAGCCUUCAGAGGCAGUUACUUUCAACGUGUAUGAACCAGAACUCACAUUUCUACGCUUUGUGGUGUUUGAGGAGGACAUGUUCUCUGACCCCAAUUUUCUGGCCCAGGCUACUUUCCCCAUCAAAGGCGUUCGCCCAGGGUAUCGAUCUGUCCCUUUAAAAAAUGGGUUUAGUGAAAACCUGGAGCUUGCAUCUCUUCUGGUGUAUGUUGAUAUACAACAGGUGAAGGUAUAGUAAACAAAACAACAACAGCAAGUUCUACGCAUAAGCAAACUAAAAGUGCUGAAAGUCCGGUUUUCUUCCUUACUGGUUCUUUUGUUCUUAAAUGGUCUGUUCCUCUCGGUUCUGCUGCUCUAUUACUGCUGGUUUCCUAACAGGCCUUAACGACGGGAUGUUGCAGCCAUCUUACUUGUGUGCUCAUGAAGGAAUAAAUCUGACAUUUUGAGCAAUACUAUAUAUAUUGAUUUCUCUGUGGAAGGUGUAACGGUCAGCAAAAAUGAAACUGAUGUUUACUCGCAUGUGGACAUGACAUGAAACUGAGUAAAGGACAGAUGUUUCAUUUUGAGUGAACCGUAGCUUUAAACUCAGUGACAACUGUAUGAAGGAUUUCUGUUUCAACUGUGUAUAAAUAAUCAUCUGUCUGAAUCAUUUUGCAUUGGUUUUUAUUCAUAUAUUUGCCUCUGUAUUAAACUUUACUGUCCUAAAAGUUUAUAUAUUAAUAAAAAAAGAACAGUGAACAGCAGUUAACAAGUGGGUAAUUAAUAAAAAGAAAUUAAAAGCCACAACACUAUCGUCGUCGUCUUGCUAGCGAAAUCUAAAAUGCCUCAAUACCUCUUACUUUUUAUGUGAAGGUGGCAUCAACGUCGAUGAAGCAUCCAAAACCUCCAUUUUAAGGACUAAAUGAAAGAACGACAGGCUCACCUCUCGCACCUCGGUAACAACGCGCAAGGCAAAAAAGAGGGUGACAUCUAGUAAAGAAGACUAGUAAUUUGAUUAAUGUUAAUCUUACGUUCAAUAUUUGCAGGAAAAAUAUGGGGGGAAAAUCGAUUCUGCUCUUUGAGAAUCGAUUCUGAAUCGACCACGUUUUAAAAAACGAUUAAAGAUACAAUUUGUAUUUAUGCGCCGCAAGAUGGCGCCAGAUCAAACAAAAACAAUUAUGUUGUUUACUGACGCUCUGAAGCAGCGUGGAAUUAUCGGAUUUGUAGUCUUAACUCAACCGCUGAUGGCCAUCAAUCAGACGAGAACGAGAAAUCACGUUGAUGGAUAAGGUAAUCAAGUCUUAUAAAUGUUGCGUUUGAUGACAUCGUUUAUUUCAUUAUGUAAGUUUAUAUGUGAUGUUCAAAACGAAAUUGUUAGUCAUAUUGAUAUUACAGUAUUAGUCCAAAUUCGAUGGUAAACACAGCACAGAAUUAAGUUUUCAACUUACAAUCAACAAUGAUUUUUCACAUAAUGUAUUGAGAGUACAAAUCUUAUUGUGAAGUGUCUUAAAAUGACCAUUUAUAUUGCUGUACAAUACCUUUUGAUGUGCAUAUUGUCCGCGGGAAGACGCGCUGAUUACAAUCUACACACUAAUGUUGUGAUCAAUAUAAUAGCAUACGUUUUUUUGAAGGGUUACGAAUCAAAACAACUCACCCAUAGAAUAUAUAAAUACAUUUAACAGAAUGUGAACCAUGUGCCUCACGUUUUUGUCAAAAUUAGUGCCUGCUGCACACACGUCAAAACCGUUUAUGAUAAAUGAGACACUUACGUUCACAAAAUAGACACAAGACACUCCCUUAAGAGUAAACUCUGAUUAUGAGAUUAUGCAAGAAUCUGGCAAACACAAGCGUCAUAAACCCUUUAGACGCGUCUGGAGCAGGCACUUAUUUUGACAAGACACGAGAUGCACACAGGAUCUCUCGACGCGCCGAACACAUAUUUUAAAAUAAGGAACCACACAUGACGGGCUACAUACAUGUUGUGACGAACUUCGCAUCGAGCGCCGCCCCCUGAAAAAAGAAGUCACCGGCUGGCACUGGUAUUCAGGUCAGUCAAGUACAGAUUAGCUGACCAAUCGAACACAGAGCUUUUUAAAUCCGUGCAUUUCAAGAAGAGAGUGCAAUCUGGAGCUACAAAAAUUUAUGGUAUGUGGAAAAUAAUGUGUUUUUAACCAUAAACCACACGAACACAUUGUAUUAUACCAAAUACACAAAAUAACGUUUUUUUAGCAAUGAAACAGGUGCCCUUUAAUAUUGUGUUGUGCCACUCACGUUUGAAUGUCAAAACCUCAAAAUAACUGUAAGUGAAAGCUUUCAAAGGAAAAUAACUAAAUGCAUGCCAUGUGUUGUGAAUAAAGAGCAUGAAGUGAAUGAAUUUUCAACUCU